AUGAAAUUUACUAACGGAAAAUUUUGUAGUAGAUCGUUGCACGAGAGCGAAGGCAAUUGGACGGAGAGUGAGUGUUUGUUGGCACGUCGCGAUGGCGCGCUGUGGAGCGCGCAGGGACGCGUAUGCCGACGGCAGCCGACCGCUAUGGCACACGUGGCCACUGCCUCGAGACUGGCGCGCGCCGCUUGCCUGGCCGCACAUGCCGGCGAACGCUGGAACUGUUCUUCUAUUGCGCUGGCGCCGCGUUACACACCCGAUCUACUCACGGUACAAGUAUUUAGUUCACCAGGUCUACUGGCACGACCAGCACCGUUAGUCACGUAA